AUGCAGCCCUUCACCUUCGUCUUGACCGCCGUCUUCGCCGCCACGGUAACGGCACAGGGUUGCCAUUUUUGGGUUCAAGAGAAGUCGACCGGGAACAACGUGUUGCAGAAGUGUCUCCAAAAGAACGAGGGGACGACCGCCUUCAUCAAUGGCCAAAGUAUAUACCUCCGGCCCGACUCAGACUGUCGCGUCACGGUGAGCAAUACCGGAUACAACACAGCGCCCGUGGGAUUCAACGCGUACUACGACGGCCCUUGCUAA